AUGACUUCAACCACAAGUGGAGUGUCUUUUGGUGCCACUGACAGUCCACAGAGCAGCAACAUCAUGGAAAGGAUCUUCCUGGCUGUCUUGUGUCUCUCAGGCUACAGUGGAAGCGCAGAAAGCAAUGGGAAAGAAGAAAUUAAGAGAAGUUCCCGUCAGUACCAUUACAUCGCUGAUUCUAUGAACUGGAAUGAAGCUCAGACCUACUGCAGAGAGAAGUACACAGAUCUGGCCACCAUUGAAAGCCCUGAAGAGAUGGAACAAGUUAAGAAGAUAGCUUUACUCUCUGGCCUAAACUCCGAGGUCUGGAUUGGUGUGUUCAGCAAAAUUCUCUGGAAGUGGUCAGACAACUACACAGGGAGUGGAGCUGAAUACAAGAAGUGGAGCACCCCAUACCAACCAAGCUUUAAGAAUGCUGAUGAGCUAUGUGUGCAAUUGCACAAAGGAAAAUGGGCCGAUUUCAAUUGUUCUUUUGAAAGUCCAUUCAUGUGUUACAGAGGAACACAACAGGAUCCUGAAUUUGUUUUUGUCACUGAAGCAAGGAACUGGUCCAGUGCUCAGAGGCACUGCAGGGAGAAUUACACCGACCUGGCCACUGUGAGGAACGACACUGAGAACCAGUAUCUUCUCAUUCAGUCACUGGGAUAG